UUGUUACUAUGGUAUAUUUCGUCGAUUCGGAAAGGGAAGUGGYUAGCUGCUUUGGAAAGUUAUYGAAGCAGAAAGUUUUCUUUCUCUGAAGUUAACUAGCUAAUAACAAACAGAAGAAAAAAMCAACAUGGGAACAACAGCAAGUCAAUUAAGGAAGGAUCUGCUCUCAGAAUAUCAGGAGCUGACGUUUCUUACAAAGCAAGAAAUUAUUCUGGCACACAAGAGAUUCAGUGAACUCCUCUCCAAAGAGGACAGAAACAUCCCCACCCCGCGAGUGUCCAUGGAGAAAGUCCUUUCACUGCCAGAACUCAAGUCCAACCCUUUCAGAAAAAGGAUCUGUCACGUAUUCUCAACAUCUGAUAUGAAAGAUGGAAGUCUCACCUUUGAGGACUUCCUUGAUCUCUUGAGUGCCUUCAGUGAUUCAGCUACACUGGAAAUCAAGUCCCACUACGCAUUCCGCAUUUUUGACUUUGAUGAUGAUGGCACUCUGGAUGGUGGGGACCUGGAGAAGCUGGUGAACUGUCUGACUGGUGAGACGGAUGACACAAGGCUUACCACUGAAGAGAUGAGGCAGCUCAUCAGCAAUAUUCUUGAAGAGUCUGAUAUAGACAAAGAUGGAACUGUGAAUCUGUCAGAGUUCCAACACGUCAUCUCAAGGUCACCAGAUUUCGUCAGUUCUUUUAAGAUUGUUCUGUGAAGUCGA